GGUCGGCGAGGUAAUGCAUCUGAAAAAGAAAUGAGUUGCUGUGUAAGCACUGAAGGUGGAGAUUAGAAACCAAGGUUUCAGUUGUACAGUGAAGAGCGGAUGUAACAGGUGUAACAGUUCUGAGUAACCCCGGAGGUGUCAUUCUGCGGGACGGAAGCUGCUCGCUUUCCUGUGUGAGGGAGGUGUUAGUGAGAACAUAAAAAGCACGUGAGGCUGAGGCAAAUCCGGAGAAGGUGCUGCUGGGUUGCCAGUAAUCCAGGGGCUGCUGCCAGGUGAAGCAGAUGGUCCCAGUGCCGUGGGCUCGUACAGCUGUGUGCCUCUUGGAUCUGUUCAGGAUGCACGUAGAAAUUAGAUGAAGAAAAAAACAGGUUUGAUGAAGACUAGCUUAAUACAGCUUAAAAAAAACCCUGAGGUACAGAAAAAGUAGUAAUAGUUGUGGCCAUCUACAUGAAGUGCAUAGCUGUAUGUAUAGCUCUUCAUUUAAUUUUCCUUCAAGCAGCUCUGCAAAAGAUGGAUAUCUACAAAAUCAGACACAGAUAAUACGGUUUGGGCACAUUUGAGACAGUUGAAACCCCAUGUUUUCAGUUCCUGCAAAUGGAACAAGAAUCUUCAUUUAAAACAAGUUUUUUAAAACCUUGACUGGGUCAUAGGUUUUGCACUGCCUCAUGCUAAAAUAUGAAAAAUAGUUUAGAAUUGAACAUUAUUAUUCCUUUCAGUACUCAUGAAAGUCUUGUGACAAAAGAGUAUUGAAGAGUUUUAUCGCGUAGAAGGGAGGGAGAGAAUUUGAAUAAAAGAGGCGGUGUAGAAAGAAAACUGCAGAAGCAUUCCAGCAGAGCUUAGGAGGCAGAGUAUUAACAUGCUGGUUACCUUGACCUAAGGCCCCUUUGAAUCUAAACUAAACCUGUGGAUUCAGAUUCUCUUAACUGCUCAAAGAUUCGCAAAUGAGAUGUUUCAAGUCAAAAUGCACGUUCAGGGUUGAGUUUAGCAAGUUGGCCUUAGCUUUUGACUCAACAAGGACUCUGCAGACAGACAUUGGAAAAACUUUGGCUUUCAUUGUGACUUUGGCAUGUUGUUGUUUGGCUCUUGCACACUAGUUAUUUGUUCACAUUUACAGCAAAUAAUGACCAGAAACCUAACCUGCAACUGGACUGUUGGAGUAACUUCUGGCAGGGUUUGUUUCCUUCUCUUUCCCCCACCCCCUUAAGACUUUUUGCCUUAUGGGAUUUGUUUGCAAUCUGCUAGCUGAAGCUCUGAGACAAGUUUGCCAGAUCUGGGGCUGCAUCAUCGUUCUGCACAUCUGGAAGUGGUUUAUGGGCUCUCAUUCCUCCAGUGCGGCGUCUGGACUCUGUGCUAUUCCUCAGCAGCAGAGAAAGAGAAGAAAACCAGCACAACUCCAAAGUAAACUUUGAAGAGUUUGAAAAAGGAAUUGAAUCUUAAAACUGUUACUGUGCCCUGUAAGGCCCUUGCGUGGGGAACUUCAAAGGAGGAUGAUGGUCAAGGAAGCUUUGGCAAGAGUGCUUACAGCUGUGGGCUAUCUAGGAUCCGAGUAAAUAGCUCUACAGCUCUUCAGGAGAGAGGAGUCCCGAAUACUGUGCUGCUUUGAAGAGAUCACAGUUUUCAUCCAACAGGACACAUGGCUCUUUUAAAGAAAAUUAACCAGAUCUUACUGUUACUUCUUGUCUUAACUGUAUGUGCCAUUCUGUAUAACAAAGUUCACCAAGUGCCAUCUGCAUUAAAGAAUGAAACAGUGGAUUUGGAGAGUCCUGAGGAAAUGGAAGAAGAAAUCCCAGUGGUAAUCUGUGCGGCUGCGGGCAGAAUGGGUGCAGCUAUAGCAGCAAUCAGUAGCAUCUACAGCAACACAGAGACUAAUGUUUUGUUCUACAUAGUUGGGCUGAAGACUACUAUCCCGCAUAUUCGAAGGUGGAUUGAAAAUUCUAAACUGAAAGAAAUAAAAUACAAGGUUGUGGAAUUCAACCCUAUGGUACUAAAAGGAAAAAUCAGACAAGAUGCAUCGCGUCCUGAGCUGCUGCAGCCUCUGAACUUCGUUCGAUUUUAUCUUCCUUUGCUUAUCCAGAAACAUGAGAAAGUAAUAUAUUUGGAUGAUGAUAUCAUUGUUCAAGGUGACAUCCAGGAACUCUACGAUACUAAGUUAGCUCCUGGGCACGCUGCAGCUUUUUCAGAUGAUUGUGAUCUGCCUUCUACACAUGAAAUGGUUAGAAGUGUAGGGAUGCAGAACACGUACAUGGGAUUCCUGGACUACAGAAAGCAGGCGAUUAGAGAUCUUGGCAUCAGCCCCAGCACCUGCUCCUUUAAUCCUGGAGUAAUUGUUGCUAACAUGACUGAAUGGAAACAUCAACGGAUUACGAAGCAGUUGGAAAAGUGGAUGCAAAGAAAUGUAGAGGAAAACCUCUACAGCAGCACGCUUGGGGGAGGUGUGGCAACCUCUCCAAUGCUGAUUGUAUUUCAUGGAAAGUAUUCCGCUAUUAAUCCUAUGUGGCACAUAAGGCAUCUUGGUUCUAGUCCUGAUACCCGUUACUCAGAGCAUUUUCUUCAAGAAGCUAAAUUACUUCAUUGGAAUGGGAGAUAUAAACCUUGGGACUAUCCCAGUGUUCACACUGAUCUCUGGGAAAACUGGUUUAUUCCUGACCCUUCAGGGAAGUUCAAAUUAACUCGUCCCGAUAGCUGAUACUGAAACUACUUAAAUGCAUUCAUAGGCUAUGGUUUGCAGUACAUAAUAGUUUGAGAUGCAGUCUGUUGUAUAAUUAACUGAUUUUAGAAAAUGUGAGUAUUUGUUAAAUACAUGAAAAAAUGACCAUCAGUUUUGUGUGCGUAUGGCUGGAGAGGGAGACUGGAGUGACAGCUACACAGUUCAGACUAUCUUAACUUUCGUGUGAGGUGAGGGAACAAGCUUACUUGGCAACACUAUAGUUUCUCUAAACAUUUACCAGGGUAAACUUCAGUGCCAGUGACUGUGUUUUAACUUAAGGUCCUUAUAAACAAGACUCCAGCGUCUGCUGGUAGUAAAAUCUCCACCGGAACAACCUGCAGUAUUACAUACCAGGUGUCUUUAGUUGUCUAGCCCACAUUAAGCAGCCUGAAAUGAAAGCUUAUGCAGCACUGUAAUGAGUAGAGUUCUGUGGCACGGUGCCUCUGUUUU